AUGCAACUCCAAUUUGUUCCUUCUCUCAUGGCCAUUGCCGCCGUCUUCUCCGCUAUGGUUGCUGCUGCUCCUGUCGAGUCUACUAAUGAUGUUGCUGUCAAUGAUUUCGCUGCUCCCGUCUUAAAGAAGAGCAAGAAGAGUGAUGAUGACAAUGAUGAUGAAAAGUCUUACAGUGGUACUGCCACUUGGUAUUCUCCCAAGAAGAAUGGUGGUACUCAAGCUGCCUGUAGUGGUAAGAAGAUCAGCGAUGACUCUGAAAUUGUUGCUCUCAACGCACCUCAAUAUGGCAAGAUGUCCGAGGACUCUGACUGGUGUGGCAAAGAAAUUGAAAUCACUGGUCCCAAGGGUACUACUAAGGCUACUAUCUUGGAUGCUUGUCCUGAAUGUAGCCAUGGUGAUCUUGAUUUGACUCCUGUCCUCUUUGAACGUGUCUGCGGUAGCAAGGGUAAGGGUGUUGCUGAUAUCACCUGGAAGUUGGCUUAA